GAGGAGAGGGUGCCCCUACAAAUCCCAGGGGCUGGAGCAGGCCAGAACAUCUUUGGGUGGUGGAGUGCAGAGGAAGUGGCCUGCAGCAGAGGAGUCCCUGUGAACAGCAACCAUGACGGACCAGCAGGCUGAGGCCCGGUCCUACCUCAGCGAGGAGAUGAUCGCUGAGUUCAAGGCCGCCUUUGACAUGUUUGACGCUGACGGUGGCGGGGACAUCAGCGUCAAGGAGUUGGGCACGGUGAUGAGGAUGCUGGGCCAAACACCCACCAAAGAGGAGCUGGACGCCAUCAUCGAGGAGGUGGACGAGGACGGCAGCGGCACCAUCGACUUCGAGGAGUUCUUGGUCAUGAUGGUGCGCCAGAUGAAAGAGGACGCGAAGGGGAAGAGCGAGGAGGAGCUGGCCGAGUGUUUCCGCAUCUUCGACAGGAACGCCGACGGCUACAUCGACGCGGAGGAGCUGGCCGAGAUCUUCAAGGCCUCUGGGGAGCACGUGACGGAGGAGGAGAUCGAGUCCCUGAUGAAAGACGGCGACAAGAACAACGACGGCCGCAUCGACUUCGACGAGUUCCUGAAGAUGAUGGAGGGCGUGCAGUAAGAGGUCGGCGCUCGCCUCCGCCGAGACCGCGCGGCCCUCGGCCGGCCGUAGGGGCUCUCCCCCACCCGGUGUCAUUCCCCACCCGAGAGCGUGGCGCGGCCCCUUCUCGGAUCCCCUUCUAGAAGGAAUAAAAGCAAACGUUGCAAA